AGUUAAAUUUCUUCUCACUAACUGUGAGUAGUCGAUGUCGGUAAAUUUUUGUACGGAGGGAUUAAAUAGUUUUCGUCUAAAUCGUUCUCUCUUCUUGAUUGAUAUUGUAAAGUUUACUAAAUUGGGAGAAUCUAAUCAAAAUAAUAAAUAUAUAGUUUUAUAAAUGGUGUUAAAUUCAUGCCUAUGCAUCCAAAUAUAUUUGAAUGUUUAAAGUGUGAAAGUAUGGUGAUAGAAGUUUGGAAACAAUUGCUUUCAUCAUUUGUAGUUCUUUUUACUCGAUGUAUUUAUAUACACACAUACGUGUGAAUACGCAUGCAUGCAUCUAUAAAAGUUUAUUAGAAUUGUGGUACACUAAUUUAUACGUCGAAGGGAAAAGUGAAGCAUUCACAAGUAUUACCAUUAAUAUACAAAAGAGGCGAUUUCUCAUAAACCAACAGCCACCCCCCGCAGCGUUCGAGAGUAAAGUGCAGAAGAAUAUAAAUUAAAGACACAAAAUAUAUAUUCAAGUUAAUAAUAGUAAGAACAUUGAAAUAUAUAACUAACUAAAUGUUGUAAUAGUUAGAAAAGUGUUAAAUGAGGCCAACAAUCAAAACAGUCUCUUGAAGAAAACAAAGCCCAAUAAUAAAUGUUGGAUAUACACCACGUGUGAUAUAAGAUGCAAAGUAAACCUUAUCUACAACACUGUAUUAACUAGUAAUAAGGCAUAUGAUAUAAUUAUCUUGUAUUACAUACACAUGUAGAAAGGAAAGAUAUUCCAGUUUUCAGCCCUAAUGACUCAGAGCUAUUACUCCCAAUCAAUUGCAUACUGUAUAGAGCGAAACAAAAUAUGUUGCUUAUAAGUGCGCUCGCGCUGGGUUUAGUGGACUCAACAAAUUUCAAUGCAGGCAUUCAUUUGGGCAUAUUUAAUCUUGCGACAACGGCGGUGGCUGCAGCCACAACGGCGGUGAUAAACACAGCUGUUGCAGAAGAUAACGUGGACGCUGUGAUAAGUGGCACAAUGCCGAUAAUAUCCACAGUUACUGGAGACACGGAAGACAGUCAUGUUAAAGCUUUGACAACAGAUGCUGUUAGUGGCACUUCAAUAGCGCAUACAACGACAUCAGUUGGCAGUAGUGCGAGCAGUGGUACCAUUACUUGGGAUAACAAUGGUACUCUUCGAUCACUUAAUCCAGGCGAUUGGUCGAUCGAACAAUGUGUUAUUUGGGAAAGGCCUCAUCACCUAUAUUAUCAACUGGGGAAUGCCUUCUUUCUACUAGCAUUCUUGGCACCGCAUGGACUUUUUGGUGCAUUGUGGCUGCGAGCACUGAUUCUGGUCGGAUGUACGCUGAUGGCGAUGUAUGGCUACUUAGUAGAGUGUAAACCAGAUGUAGUGAUCUGGUCCGGACUAUUUUUCAUGGUCAAUUUCAUUUACCUAAUUGUUGUGUUGUGUCGAUUGCGACCUGUUCGAUUCGACAAAGAAAUUGAAGGGGUAUAUGCCAGUUUAUUUAAACCACUUCGUGUGACGAGACAUCAGUUCAAAAAAAUUUUGAGUUGUAUGAAGCUCGUCCGAUCGUUGAAAUACCAGGAAGUGUAUGCGCAAGAGAAAAUUACCAAAGUUGACAGUCUAUCUCUCGUUCUGUCUGGAAAAUUGGUUGUAUCUCAGAAUCAGAGGGCUUUACAUAUAGUAUUUCCUCAUCAGUUCCUAGAUUCGCCGGAAUGGUUUGGAGUAUCAACCGAUGAUUACUUUCAGGUAUCUAUUAUGGCUAUGGAGGAGUCACGCGUUCUUAUUUGGCAUCGUGAUAAAUUAAAAUUAUCUAUAAUGGCUGAACCGUUUUUACAAUCAGUUUUUGAUCACAUUUUGGGCCGCGACGUUGUCAAGAAGUUGAUGCAAGUCACACAGGUAAGCGAAUCCAUAGCUAGUAAUGGAUUUUUACCAUCGGGCAGUUAUGAUGAUGCCGAGGACAAGCCCAUGCUGAUCAUGAAGAAGAGUGUGGAGGGACAUGGCCUAACGGCAUUAAUAAAUCGCCAGCUUCAGGCCAUACCGAGGAUAUCGAAGUACUAUGAUUGCGCGGGUGAUCCUAACUCCUGGCGAUUAGGUAGAAUUGAUGAGACUGACCAUGAGACGGCUGUGUGAGUGUUACAUAUAUAUGUAUAAGUAUAUAUAUGCCAUAGAUGCAAAAGAGUUGAUACGAGUGAAAGUAGCAGAAUAUAUUCCAGCCCAUGCUGAAAUAGAUAUGUAAAGGCAGCAUAAUUGAUGUAAAACAAGGGUGGCAAUGGAGUCAAAGUCUGCAGUUCUUCAAGUGCGAAUGGAAUUUUUCUAAGUAUUAUUAGCAAAUAAGAAAAUUAUAUAAUUCUUGCAUUGUUUGUACAGUAACGACAGAGAUCUGAAUACAUAAAUUUGAUUAUAGAAAAAAACGAAAAUAACGAAAUUUUAAAUUAUAUAUCCAUAUGUACAAAUGGUACAUAUGUAUGUAUGCAAGAUUUAUACGAAGAAAUCAUACCAACAUUCUUCUGUAACUUCAAAGUUAAAUAUUCUUUAGAAUAAUUUCAUAAUUCAUAAUGUCAAAUGACAUCAAAUUCAAUAUGAUUAUCAGAGCAGUCGGUAUUAAUGUUUUUGAUUUUAUUCAAUUUAAUUUAUUUCGUUAACAUUUUGGGUUUUAACUAAUGAUUUCAUUAUACGGCAAAAACAAAUUUUUUCUGUGUAUUGGACGAAUCCAAUAUUUUUCAAGUGAUUCAAACACUUUCUGCGUUUUUUGAAAUUAGCCUCCAAAACCGAAGUAAGCCACAUUUGAAUCUUAACUUCGAUUUUGUAGGUAGAAAAUACUUUUUUCUUAUGACUCAAACCCUCAGAAAGUAUUUGUUUCGUUCAAUACUCAUCCGACCCUGUACGCCGUUUUUUAUAACAUAAGGUACACAAUUUUUUUUGCAUACAUAUCUGUGUGGAUAUCCAUUAUAUAUACCAGCGAACAUAGGUUUCAUCGAUUGUUUAUCUAAUAAUAGAUAAAGUGUAAUAGGCAUAUUCGUUUUCUUUUCAUUAAGUAUGUAUGCGUACAUCUGUAUGCAUGACAAUAGUAAUAACUAAUAAGAACCCUUUAGUAAUCGAUAAGGUGGUUUAAAAAACUUCCAAAUUUUAGAAGCUUUGCCAAUCUUCAACAAAAGUUGAUGACCCAUAUUUUAAAAACUGCGAAGGUCAACACAAAUAUAUGUUAUCCCAAAAAGUCAGGAGAAUAUUUUUUUAUCGUGAGACGUCUUUGACGUUUAGACAUCAAAAUAAAUUCGCAGGAUUCUUAUAUUUGGAUGUAUAUCUAAAGUUAUACUGUAUAAAAGUAUUACACCGCAUUAAAAAUGUGAGCAUUUAUUUAUUUUAUAAAUAAAAUUAAAAAAACUAAGUGUAUACUUUUAUUAUUAAUUUUAUUUAAUAUUCGCAUAUAAAUUAUAUGUUUGUCCUUUUUUAACGUUAAUUAAUUUAUUUACAUAUACAAUUUUUUAUCUCUUGUGCUGUUCAAACCGAGAAUCAAUCAAUAAAUGUACAUAGGUAAAUCAAAUAAAAUAACUUGUGAAACUUUGAAUUGAAAUUUUA